AUGCAGAAAAUCAUCCGAAGGACAGCCCUGGCGAGGAACCAGUCUCAGCGAAAGGCAAUCCGAGCCGCCAAGGAUGCUGAGCGCGAGGAAUUCAGGGACGCGCUGAGGCAGCGGUUCGCUUUUAACCGCAUCGAAAUCGACAAUAUUCGUGCCGAGAGACAACGACGCCGUGAAGACUGGAUGCGAGGACCUCUCGCUCCCAAGCGUGAUGGAGGUCUCGAGGGAAAGACAUUUGGUGCCUUAAGCCCACAGGCUAUGAACCCUCCGGUCAUCCCUAAGCAUUUGCGCAGAAAGUACGUCAACAUCGCUGCUGGAGACCGGGUGUGUAUCAUGAAGGGCAAGGACAGGGGCAAGAUCGGCGAGGUUAUUCGGGUGGAUCCUAACAAUGAGACUGUCCUGGUCAAAGACCUGAACAUGGCCGAUGUGCACUUCCCCGAAUGGCUGAACCAGCAGUACGGAAACAAGUCGCCUUUCAACUCGAUAAAUCUGCCCAUCUCACUCGACGACGUCCAACUUGUCGUUGCUCUCGAUGACCCAACGACAGGCGUCACGCGGGACGUCUUGGUCAAGCAUGUUUACGGAGGGGAGCCUGUCCUUGAGAGACCCUACGGCACAGACACCCCGAAACACACCAGAUAUAUUGCUGGCGAGAACAUCGAGAUUCCAUGGCCCCGCAGUGAACCCGCCGCAUUGAAAGAUGAAGACUGGGACACGCUUCGUUUGGAGGUCGAGACGCCGACAUGGAUUCCUUCGCUACACACCUCGCCAUUCCCUCCCAGUGUUCUUGACGAGCUCCGCAACCCCUUUUCCAAGUACCGGACAAGGCACGACUCAGAAUGGGUUGAGUCGAAGAAACUGGAGGAUUAUAGAAAGGAAUAUCUUCAAAGCAGGUCUUUGAUGACACCCAAGGGUGAACUCGUCGCCAUGUUGAGGGCUAAGAAGGCCGAGCGGAUGGGUGCCCGACGAGAUGCUGACGGCAACUUCAUCAUGGACGACCAGACGGCUGGGUUCAUUGAGAACUUCAUGAAGCAGAAUGCUUCCAAGAAGGCAUCCUCUUCUGCUUGA